CUUCCAUCUCUAAUUCUUCCAACGAAUUCCUACGUCGCGACCUGGCGCUGGUUUUGGGAGAAUUUGCUGAGGUAGCGUACUUUCCGGCCAAGCUGCUAGUCCUUACGGGCAGACUCGAUUUCUAUCAAAUGCAGACUCGACGAGGAGAAACAUCUCCUGAGGAAACAGCGUCAGCGUGUCGCUUUCUUGCUUGUCGAGGCGCCAAUGUGAACAAAGCGCACCGCGCGGCACCACCCGCGCUCCUGAGGGAGACCUCCGCAGAAUUCGCAGUAUCACGACGGCAAGAAGAUCUUAGAGAUGAGGUGGGUCUGGGUUCGCCAUCACGAGAGCUAUUCCAACCGGCGCCGACUACUAAAGACUACUACAACAGGGCGAAGGACGAAACAAAUGCUCCGCCGUUGACUUGGG